AAUCCCACUGCGCAGGCGCCGUUGAGCUGCUGGCUUCUUUGCGAGCGACCCGCGUAGCCCAGGUCUCCGGGCUGUCUUUAACAGGUGUACCCAGGGGAGGAACGAGAAGGUCCGGGCCUGGGCCCUGCAGACGCCAUGGGCAGCGGCUGUCGCAUCGAAUGCAUAUUCUUCAGCGAGUUCCACCCCACGCUGGGACCCAAGAUCACCUAUCAGGUCCCUGAAGAUUUCAUCUCCCGGGAGCUGUUUGACACUGUCCAGGUGUACAUCAUCACCAAACCAGAACUGCAGAACAAGCUCAUCACUGUCACCGCCAUGGAGAAGAAGCUGAUCGGCUGCCCCGUUUGCAUCGAGCACAAGAAAUACAGCCGUAAUGCCCUGCUCUUCAACCUGGGCUUCGUGUGUGACGCCCAGGCCAAGACCUGCGCCCUGGAGCCCCUCGUCAAGAAGCUGGCUGGCUACUUGACCACACUGGAGCUAGAGAGCAGCUUCGUGUCCACGGAGGAGAGCAAGCAGAAGCUGGUGCCCAUCAUGACCAUCUUGCUAGAAGAGCUAAAUGCCUCGGGCCGGUGCACCCUGCCCAUCGAUGAGGCCAACACCAUGCACUUGAAGGUGAUUGAGCAGCGGCCAGACCCUCCCGUGGCCCAGGAGUAUGACGUUCCGGUCUUCACCAAGGACAAGGAGGAGUUCUUCAGUUCCCAGUGGGACCUCACCACGCAGCAGAUCCUGCCCUACAUAGAUGGCUUCCGUCACGUCCAGAAGAUCUCAGCUGAGGCCGACGUGGAGCUCAACCUGGUUCGCAUCGCCAUCCAGAACCUGCUGUACUAUGGCGUUGUGACGCUUGUGUCCAUCCUCCAGUACUCCAAUGUGUACUGCCCUACACCCAAAGUCCAAGACCUGGUCGAUGACAAGUCCCUGCAGGAGGCCUGUUUGUCUUAUGUGACCAAGCCAGGACACAAGAGGGCCAGCCUCCGGGACGUCUUCCAGUUGUACUGCAGCCUGAGUCCCGGGACCACUGUGCGGGACCUCCUCGGCCGUCACCCCCAGCAGCUACAGCGUGUCGAUGAGCGGAAGCUGAUCCAGUUUGGGCUUAUGAAGAACCUCAUCCGGCGGCUGCAGAAGUACCCUGUCCGGGUAUCUCGGGAGGAGCGGAGCCACCCUGCCCAGCUGUACACAGGUUGCCACAGCUACGACGAGAUUUGCUGCAAGACAGGCAUGAGCUACCAGGAGCUGGAUGAGCGCCUGGAAAAUGACCCCAACAUCAUCGUCUGCUGGAAGUGAAGCACACACCCCCAAGGAGGGGCGGGGCCCAGCACAGGGCUGCCCUCACUUCCUCCCGCCAAGCCCUGCCUGGUGUCACAGCUGUCAGCCCCAGGUUCACGCUCAACUCUCAAUAAAGCUGUCCCGUGUUUCA